AUGGCCAUGGCCAAGCUCUCGGAGGAGGAGCGGCAGAUGGUCCGAGAGCUCGGCUGGCCUGUGGAGUUGCUGGAAGAUCCACGGAAGCAGCCUCGACUCAUAGAUAGCCCGGAGGAGUUUGCACGAGCUCUGCUCCUCGAGGAUCACCUGGAGGACAUCGUCAUUCUACAAGAUGGCCUGAAGAGGGCCGGGCUGGCAGAGAGUGAGGCCUUGCCGCCUUGGCUCUCCAAAGCGCUUGAUAGCGCAGACGGUUCAGUUUUGCAAUGCCUGCGCCAGCUGGAGCCCGCCGAGCUGGCAGCCCACAAGGCGGCUUUGGAAUUUCCGGAUGACCGGGGCGUGCAGCGCGAGGCUUUGCCGCGCCCGUAUCCGUUCUGCCUAUGGGACGACGACACUGGUGCUACGAAACUACCCGAAGCCAGCGCACUUCCAGAGGCCUGGCGGGAUCUUUCGCAGCGCCUUGUCGCCGCAGAGGCUUUGAAAGCCAAAGGUGAGCUGGAUGAGUCUCACUUGUACGUUUGUGAGCUGCGGCGCUUGCGAAAGCGUACAGCCAACGAUGCUGCAGCUGGCUGCGGAUGCAAAGAGCCAACGAAGAGCUUGUCCCAGCGUCAUGCGCGCGACUGGUUCGGAGAGCUCUCUCGUUGGACGCUCUACUGGAACUGUUAUGACGAUGGAAUCUUCAUUGGAGGCCGCGGAAGUGGCAAGGGGUUGCACGUGGAUCAGGUCCUGUGGAGCAACAUUGGCAAGCAGUGGAGGGGCUACAAGCUGAUGGUUACUUGGCCAGCAGGUGUCGAAUCCACCCACUACGUGAGGGAGUUGUCCGACGCCCACUUCCGUCCUCCCCUGGGGGAACCUCAGCUGAGAGCGUUGAGGUCGGCUUCACGGAUUGCACUCCUUCGCCCGGGCGAUCUCUUCAUUUGCAGUGGUGGCGUCGCCCAUGCCACCCUUAGCGCAUCGGAGGACGUGAGCGUCACGGGCUACGAGUCACUGGUCUCCUUGCAUCCAAGGCUAGUGGCGCACCUCUUGGAGACUGGGUCAGUCUCGGGGCCAUGCGCGCUGGACAAAGGAGUCAUGGAAGGCGAGGAGCUUCGAGAGCUCCGGGUUUCGCUGUUGCAGCGGCUAAUGGCACUACUGAAGGAGCAGACAGCAUCUAAGCCCAUCUCAGAGAUCGAGUCUGCAGCUCCCUUCGGUGUGCCGUUGUCGCUUCCGUGCAUGGCACUGCGGCAGCAGCUGGCCAGCGCAGCCUCACAGGUGGCAGCAGAUCCCAACUUUGCAGUGCUUGCUGGAGGAGCCGGUGUCUGUCGCUUACUGGCCGGAAGCGCCUGCCUCAAUCGGGGCAAGGAGCUUGGCCAACUAGAGACGCCGUGCAAGCGUCUCCGCCGUGAUGGGCCAGAGAAGACAGAUAUGGACUUGCGAACGCACGCUUAG